AUGACACGUGGAAGAUACCAACAUCUUGCACCGCCAUCGAAAAUGACUACAGAAAAUUAUCUUCGCUUCUUUGGACAUAUACUAGGGAGACCAGCAGAUCGCUUCGUUCAACGAGUUCGGAAGAAUUCUUCGGGACCAAAAACAGAAAAACAGAAAGAAAAAGACAGAAAAGGCCACCUGGCCGAAAGAGAUUUCAAGACUAAGGUGGUGAAAGAGGACUUGAGGACACUCAGCAUGGAUAAGCAGUUCACGCGAGAUGUAAUCAGCGUUUUCCAGGAUGUGGAAUAG